AUGCACGACAUGACAACCCUCUCUCUCUUUCUCGUUCUCCUUCUUACAGGGCUCAGUGUGGGUUUGGGUGGUCGUGACUUGGGAGAUAAAAACCCCUUUACGCCAAAGGCUUCAGCGGCACGCUACUGGGACAAACACGUCCGCAACACCUUCCACAAGCCCUCCUUCCUACUCUCCAAGGCCUCCCCAAUGACCGCCGCCGACACCGCCUCAUUCACCAAGCUUGCCGCCACCAACACCCUCUCCGCACGCUUGCCGGAGUUCUGCUCCUCCGCCCACCUUCUCUGCUUCCCGGAGGUCCGUUCAAGCCUGGAGAAACACGCUGUAGAUGAGAAUUUUCAAACCUACAACGACGGCCAGAACUUCACUAAUUACGGAACGAGUAGAGCCGGCGGAAUCGACACGUUCAAGAACUACUCCAACGAUAUCUUUAGCACUCCGGUCAACGAUUUCCGUCGAUACAGCCGCGGAGCUGCUGGACACCAAGAAACCUUCACCGGCUACGCCACUGACACCAACGUCGCAGACCAGAGCUUCAACACGUACGGCAUCAACACCGGCGGAGGCUCCAGCGAGUUCAAAAAUUACUCGAGAAAUUCAAACGUCCCUGACCUGCGAUUCACCACCUACUCCGACAGCUCUGCUGGGAGGACGCAGACUUUUUCCAGCUACAGCGAGAACGGAAACGCCGGUGGCCAGACAUUCCGGAGCUACGGCAAGAACUCCGCUGGAGCCGCAAAUGAUUUCACAGCCUACGGAACAGACUCCAACGUGGCCUCCUCUGGCUUCACCAACUACGGCAAGGGAGGCGCGGGUCCCAAUGAUACAUUCACAAACUACGGCGUUAACAUGAACGAUCCCCAAGAGAACUUCCAAAGCUACGCAGACGGAACCGUUGGUGGGACGCAGAGUUUCUCCAACUACAGGGACCAAGCUAACGUAGGUGACGAUUCCUUCCAAUCCUACGCUAAGAACACGUUAGGGUCCGAUGUGGGUUUCAAAAACUACGGUAACACCGCCAACCCUGGUUCAGACACUUUCAAAGGCUACGCUAAAGGAGCAGAACAAGGAACCAAGGUUGGCUUCACCGGCUACGGUGUUAACACAAACACUACGUUUAAGGAUUACGCCAAAGAGGGUAUUUCCUUCGCUGCUUACAACACCUCUUCCUCUCCCUCUUCCGCUUCUAAAACCGUUAGUGAGAGUUUGGUGAAAAGGUGGGUUGAGCCGGGUAAGUUUUUUCGUGAGAGCAUGCUUAAGGAAGGAACUGUCAUGCCCAUGCCAGACAUAAGGGAUAAAAUGCCACAAAGGUCGUUUUUGCCCCGCUCCAUUUUGGCGAAACUGCCCUUCUCUUCUUCAAAGGUUGAGGAGUUGAAGCGCGUCUUCAAGGUGUCUGAUAACUCCUCCAUGGACAAGAUGAUCAUGGACUCUUUGACUGAGUGCGAGAGAGCACCCAGCGUCGGAGAGAUCAAGCGUUGUGUGGGUUCUGUCGAGGAUAUGAUUGUUUUUGCAACCUCUAUUUUGGGCCGCAAUGUGGCGGUUUGGACCACUGAGAACGUAAAUGGGUUCAAUAAGAAUGUGAUGGUGGGUCGGGUCAAAGGGAUGAACGGUGGGAAGGUAACCCAAUCCGUCUCGUGCCACCAGAGCUUGUUCCCUUACCUGCUGUACUACUGUCACUCCGUUCCCAAGGUUCGGGUCUAUGAAGCGGAUCUACUUGACCCGGAAUCGAAGGCCAAGAUUAACCACGGUGUUGCUAUCUGUCACUUGGACACCACUGCAUGGAGCCCCACCCACGGCGCUUUCAUAGCCCUUGGAUCGGGUCCGGGUCAGAUUGAGGUGUGCCAUUGGAUAUUCGAGAAUGACAUGACUUGGACCAUUGCUGAUUAG